AUGGCUUCUCCGAUUUCUCCGACUUCCACGACCUUGCCGUCGCGCGCGACUACGAAUCUUAGCUCGUACGCUGAGGAUGCAGUCCCUGACUUUGACCCCAACACUACUGCGGGUUUACUGGCCGAGCGUUUGCAGGCGUGGAAGCAUGCUUGCGGAUACCUCGAGGAAUAUGUGACGGCCAUUGAGAAGAUUCAUGGCCGCCAGGCAAAGGAGUAUGAGAAGGCUUUGAAGACCAUCUCUAACCCCCUUCGCGAGGGGCAUCACUUCGACCAGAGCCUCGGCGGUGUUGCUGGGUUUUUCGAGAACAUGCGUUCCAACACGCAGGCGCAGAUCAACACCAACAUUGAGACAGAGAAGAGCCUCAAGGGCUCAGUCUUGCCCAUUCUCGAGCGACUUCACAAGGAAAUCAAGCACAAGGCAAAGGAGCUCCAGAGCGGCGCCCAGAGCAGCGCCAAGGAGGUGGAAAAGCUGCGAAACAUUACACAGAAACAAAUUGAGCUUCUUGGCCAGCAGACAGCCUCGUUUGACUCUGCAGGCGGCAAGCUCAAUGCUGGCGACGAUCCUUAUGUCGUGCACCGAGGCGUCAUGCACCGGCUGAGCAACCAGGUUCUUGCUGAGAACAACCACCACAACGACCUGAUUGCAGUCCAGAACAACUUCCAGAGCUUCGAAUCUCACGUCAUUGAAGUCUUCCAGCAGGCCGUUGAGGCUUUCGUCCAGCUCGUCGGUGGCCAGGGGGAGAAGACGCGAGCUCUGUAUGGUGACAUGCUCGGUACCAUUCAGUGCGUCCCCAUGAAUUUCGAGUGGCAGAACUUUACGCAGCGUUGCGCCGAUAGAUUGGCCAACCCGAAUGACCCGCCUCGCGCCGUGGAUGCGAUCCAGUUCCCUAACAUGGAGCACAACUCGACCAAACCCCUGAUCGAGGGCUCACUGGAGCGCAAGUCUCGUAACAAGCUCUCCUGGGGCUACUCGACCGGCUACUACGUCGUCACCCCGUCCAAAUGGCUGCACGAGUUCAAGGACUCUGACGACGCCCGCGCCGACCCCAAGCCAGAGCUCUCCGUGUUCCUGCCAGACGCAGUGAUCGGCGCCCCUAGUGGGGAGAAGUUCAACGUCAAGGGCAAGGACCGAAGCGGCACCAUGAGCUCCAAGCUCACCGGCAGCACGGAACUUGCCUUCAAGGCUCACUCCGCCUCGGACGCCCAGAAGUGGUUCAAUGUCAUCCAGCAAGUCUGCGGAGCUACUGGCCCAGCCGAGUCAAACUCGCCCACUCCCUCAUCUCCUGCCACAGCCUCGCCGACCACCAUGUCCUCGGUCACGGGCAAGCCCAACGACAAGCUCGACAUGAACCCUCCUACGCCGUCGCCCACGGAAAAGAAGCCCGAUGCUGCUCUUGCUGCGGCUACAACUGCGUCAGGAGGCCAUAAAGCCCAAGAGGCUGGCGUGACUGGCGGUGAGGCCGUAUCGAGCCCUUCAGACGAGAAGAAGCCAGUGGUUGCAUAA